ACAACGCGCGGACCACGUGACCACCGCGGCCACCGCACCGCGCCACCGCCGCGUCCCGUCCUUCGUUCCCUCAUUCUCUUUGUUGCCUCGACAGCGAUCGGCUGCGAACUGUGUCUCGCUCACACGCUUUCUUUUCUUUGCCUCGUUGCAAGGGCUAGUAUGUCUGCUAGGGCAAGUGUUCAGCGCAAGCCCAUCACGCUUGCAAAGAAGGCCGAGAUAUUGUCUGAUGUAAAAGCCGGCAAAGCCUCGAAAACUGAGAUUGCACGGAAGUAUGGAAUUGCAAAGAGCACGUUGGCAGGAAUCAUUAAGAACGAGGCACGAGUAACCGCCGCGUUCAACGAUGGCGAGUUUGCGCCGAAACGGAAGAAGAUGCGGACUGCGGCAAACAAGGGUUUAGAAGAUGUUCUCCUGGCUUGGAUCCAGCGAGCUAGAAGUGCAAAUCUGCCUGUCAACGGUGUUGUACUAAAAGCAAAGGCAGAAGAAGUUGCCCUCCGGAUGAACUUAAAAUUCUCGUGUAGUGACGGGUGGCUUGACCGUUUCCGCAAAAGGCACGGGCUGGUUUUUCGGUCGAUCGUCGGUGAGUCCGCCGCCGUUGAUGAAGCGACAUGCAACGACUGGAGGCUAACGAAGCUCAAGGAUCUUCUACGGGAAUAUAACCCCAGGGACAUCUACAACGUGGACGAGACUGCCGUUUUUUAUCAGAUGCUCCCGCAGAAGACGCUUGCGCUUGCUGGUGACAGCUGCACAGGGGGCAAGCACAGCAAAGUCAGGAUCACCGUCCUCGUUGGCGCCAACAUGACCGGAACUGACAAACUGAAGCUUUUUGUUAUUGGCAAGUCGAAGUCCCCGCGUUGCUUCAAGAAUAUCAAAACGCUUCCGGUGACGUACACGGCCAACGCCAAGGCGUGGAUGACUCGGUCACUGUUUGAGCAGUGGCUGCGGGAUAUGGACCGCCGUUUCGUAAAAGAAAAAAGGCGUGUCCUGUUUCUUGUCGACAACUGCCCUGGUCAUGGGCAAGUCGCCGGACUUGAAGCCAUUCGUGUGGAGUUUCUGCCCGCGAAUACAACGGCGAAGCUCCAGCCCAUGGACCAGGGAGUGAUCAGCAGUCUCAAGAGGCACUACCGCCGAUCACUUCUCCAAAGGAUGUAGCUCUGCUUGGAGAGCAAUAAGCAGUACGUGGUGGACCUUUUGGCUGCUGUGCAUUUGCUGAGCAAUGCAUGGAGCCAAGUAACUGAAGCGACAAUUGCGAAUUCAUUCCGCCAUGCGGGA